GUCGUCGUCGUGUCGUCGUCGUCGUCGUCGUCGUCGUCGUCGUCGUCGUCGUCAUCGUCGUCGUCGUCGCGCGGCCGGUCGCUCGCGGCUUCCCCUCCCCUUCGACAGUUUGCUCUUUCCCCACCCUAGCUCGUCAUCUACCACCCUACCACCCUACUACGCUACACCCUCUCCCUCUCUCUCUCUAUCUCUCUCUCUUUCUUUCUCUCCGCGUCGCGCCGUCGUCGCAGCGGCGUAUAUGUGUGCGCGCGCCUCUUUCGAGCGUGUGCUCGCGCGCGCACGGAGAUAUGCGCCCGUCGACCGCCGCCGCUCGGUGAUAGAGAGUUUUGGAUGGAUUUAGAGCGCAGUGAAAUAUGCCAAGGAGACGGAAUGGGGAGAUACCGCUACCGGAAGGGUGGGACGUCGCGCAGGAUUUCGACGGGAAGGUUUACUUCAUCGAUCACAACACAAGGAAGACUACAUGGAUCGAUCCUAGGGACAGAUUUACAAAGCCGCAAACAUUCGCCGAUUGUAUCGGAAACGAGCUCCCUCUUGGCUGGGAAGAGGCCUAUGACAAACACGUGGGUGCUUACUACAUCAAUCAUGUCAAUCAAACAACUCAACUCGAGGAUCCGCGGCAGGAAUGGCGGGCAAUUCAAGAGGCCAUGCUACGAGAAUACCUACAAACAGCGCAGGACGUUCUCGAGGCAAAGAAGGAAAUUUACGACGUGAAGCAACAGAGGCUGUGUCUGGCUCAGGAUGAGUACAAUCACCUCAACAACGCUCUAACGACGCUUGGUGCAUCGCGUACCAGCUUAUGUUCCAGCUCGAGUUCGUUGAGCACCAAGUACGAUCCAGAUCUACUGAAAUCCGAUGUCGCGCUCGCGAGGAGCCGAGUGUCCCGGCUUAAACGAGAACUCGAACAAAUUCGAGCGGAGAUGAACUGCACGCAACGAGGAGUCGACACACUUGCUAGCGUUGAACAAAAGUUGAGCGGUCAUCAUGGAGGUUGUUACAAUAUUACGGAAGCUCAGGCGAUCAUGACAGAGCUACGUAAUAUCCAAAAGUCUUUGAGUUCCGGUGAAAAGGAGAAGGCCGAGUUGAUGCAAUCGCUGGCGCAAUUAAAAGACGAGUUAACGAGGCUGCAGCUCUGCGAGGGUAGCCCGGAGGCUAGUACUCUGAGUUUACCUCAGGAGAAGCUCAGCACCGCCUCUCAAACGGAUCUUUCCGGGGAGUUGGUGCCAAUUGGUACGAGGCUUGCUGAAAUGGCGAGAAUGAGGCUACAGUACGACGAGGCGAGGAAGAGGAUACAACAUAUUCAACAGCAGCUGGCCGAUCUUGAAGAGAAAGUGACUCCUGGUCAAACAGAAAGCGACAAGGACAAGUUGCUACUCUUUCAGGAGAAGGAACAGUUGCUGAGAGAGUUGCGUAGCAUAACUCCAAGGACGAGGACUCAACAGGACAUGAAGAAGAUACAGUGCGAGAUACGACGUCUCGAGCAGGAUCUUAACAACGCCCUGGAGUUGUCGAACAAGACGAUCACGGAUCGAGUUAGAUUGCACGAAGAGAAGCAAAUGUUGCUUCAACAGCUGAGAGACGCUUUGCGUUCGAUGGCGAUGUUGGAGGGACAAUUGAAGAGUCUCAGUGCUAGUACGCUAUCCGUGAGCAGUAGUUCGAGCCUCGGUAGCCUUAGUACGACGAGUAGUAAAGGGUCUCUCAGUUCUGGACUUAGUUUCACCGAUAUUUACGGUGGACCACAGUGCUUGGGAUCCGUCAGCUCGCAACAAGAUCGACCAGUCGAUAUGGUUGAUUUACACAGGCGUGUCGAACGAUUGCUGAGAGGCUCGGAACAGAACAAUCACGUUAGUACGCCUUCUCCGGGUAGAUCUCAACCCAGUCUUUCGCCACGGUCGAGUCUUUCGAGCGUUAGUCCACCGGUUUCGCCUCUCUACGAGAAUGCUCCUAUGGGUCCACCACCUGCAUACGAACAAGUGGAACUACAGAGGAGACAACAGAGAUCAGCCUUAUCGUCGAGUGUUCCUUCCUGUGCUCAUUUGGAUGGCAGUCAGCUCGAGGACAGACUGGCCGAACUCAGGCUAAGUCAGCAACAAAGCUCGUCUCAAGAGCAAGCUGCUCUUCCUCCACACGAUCGCCUCAAACUCGUCGUUGGGCCCCAUCCUCCCGUCGAAUUGCAAUCAGGCAACAUGUCCCAAGGUAGCGGCCUAGGUAGGCCUGCUGCGACCCUUCCUGGAUGUACCAUGCAAUUACAAGAACCACCACCUUUAUCGCCUAUCAGCGAGACACCACCGCCCACGGGUAUACGUUCUAGGGCUAGUAGUUCUGGCACGAAUACCAGAUCCGUAUCCGCUGCUGUUUCCGACGAAAGCGUUGCCGGUGAUUCGGGUGUCUUCGAGGCGUCGAAUCGUCGAAGACUUUCUGGAUUGAUCGGAGAUGUCGAUCCUCUUGUAUCUGCUGAAAUGAGUUUAGAAACGGCCCAAGUACAGAUUAAGCUUAGGUACUCUAUGAGCGAUGGCCUCCUUCAUAUUGGCAUCGAACGUGCACGAAAUCUGGCUGCCCUUUUUAUACCGAACAAUGCACAAGUAUAUAUAAAGGCUGCGUUAUUGCCGAUGCAACCACCUGUUAAUCAAAUGUGUUGUACGAAAGCAGUGACGGAUCUUCGAAAGCCAACAUUCGGCGAAACCUUUCCGGUUGCUGUUCCUUUGAACAAGCUCUAUACAAAGACGCUGCAGGUAAAUGUUUGGUGCAGCGGCAACGAGUUUGAGGAGUGCUUGGGGUCCGCCCAAGUCUCGCUUGCAGACUUCAGUCCAGAGUCGCCGAGCGUAAAAUGGUACAACAUACUUUCCUUUCGCUUCAUGCAGCCGUCCGAUAGUCCUAGUACCAGUACUGGUAAUAGUGCUUCAACUAGUAUAGCGAAACAGGCUAAGCACGACAAACAGGAGUCAGAUAUUUCGGUUUAUCGUGGAACACAAAAUACCAAGGAAGAAAGUAGCGACGAAAGUACCAUCAUUAGUUCUCAAACGUCGACGUUGACGAGAAAUCAGGGUUGCGAUGAACUCCAAACCGCUGUAUCUUUGAGGCUAGAAGAACUAGCCAAUUGUUUGGGUAGCCCGGAAGAAGAAGAUGAGGAUGGUGGUACUGACAGUGGCAGCGAAGACAGCGAAGAAGAAGGUAUCAUCGUGGAGUUCAUGAUGGAAGAUAACGUUCUGGAGGAUGUUUUAGAGCACGAGGAGGAAGAAGAGCUUAACGAAGAAACGAGAAGGACUCAGGAUAAAGAGACCAACACUGAAUGUAUUUUUAUCCCGGAGCAAGGCAAACAGAGAAAGCUUUCGGCAGCUGGCAUGGUACCGGGUGCUAUUCACGACGAUAAGAAUUCUAUCGUGAUAAAGAGAAGUCAAACGUUUUCACCGAGUGCUGCUGUCAGCAAGAAUCAUUACAUCUGUCGUCUUAAUCGAAGCGAUAGCGACAGCAGCAUGCCUCUCUAUCGUAGAGGUGGACCCUUCCAACGAAAUUCCGUAGAAAGGCGUUCGUUACGUUGGAGGCGACCAUCGUCAGCUUUAAGUUGUAAAACAACAUCCAAGAAGUCCAGUCAUUUGCCUCCAACCGCCAGGACCUCGUUAGAUCUCGAGUUAGAUCUUCAAGCGCAACACGCCAGACUGAACAAUCUUCAGGACGAACUUAGCAGGUUGCGAGAAUUAAAACAACGAUUGGAACAAGCACGCGAGAAGGGAGACACGGAUCUGGCCAGUUGGUUAUUAGAGGAUCACAAGUUCCAAAAUCUGAUGGCACAAGCUGAGAGUGGUAGGAACGGAAAGAGUGCGGAAGAUAAGAAGGUAGAGAAGAUGUUGAAGAAAACGUCGAAGGAGAUAUAUAAGUUGAGAAAGACAAAGGCCGGUAAAGGGAAACCCGACAUUAUAUCUUUUAAAGAAAAAAUGGCAUUCUUCACGCGUGUCAACGUGAACGUUCCUGCUCUCCCACCAGACGAUUUACCCCCAGAAAGUUCAAUGAUGUCCACAGACACGUGCUCGAUAUUGCACAGGAGAUACAUGUCCGAACCAGUAAGCAGUGAAAGUGUUUCAGACAUGUCCACGCGAUUGAACAUUGGAAACACAAUCGCUAUGAGAAGCAGUGCUAGUGCCAUGGGUAACGAUACUAGUGCCGGUAUCGUAGGUUUGACAGAGGACCGUUUGGCAAACGGUGGCACCACGAACAAAAGCGUCAAUUCGAAAGGGCGGCCGAGCGAUCAUAGCUCGCGUGCCACGGAGAAUGGUCAGAAAGAAGACUCGAAAGGCUCCGAGGAUAAUGGCAACGGGGAGCCAAAGAGAUAUGAGUAUGUCGUUGAUAGGGUUCUCGGCGUCGAAGUUUAACGUUCAGCCUUCUUUUCAUCUUUUUCUUCUUCUUUCUUUAUACCUUGAUCUUAAAACGUUCACUGUCCAAUGAUCACGAUGAUUAUUAUUAGAUAUUGAUAAUUCUCGUUAUUUUUCUUCAAUUGUGAUCAAAGGUCUGUUAACCUAUUUCUAGACCAAAAGGAUGACGAACGUGUUAAGUAUCGAUACGACGAAUAAUUCUCUUAGUCUCGAUUUGGUACUCGAGCAGCGCUAAUGCGCCAACUUUCAAGACAUCGUUAUGCGAACGUUAAUGCGUAAAAAGCGACGAUGGCGAGGAUUUUAGGAAAAAAGUUGACUUUUUUGCGUUCAAUCGAUCUUAGGUGCCAUGCGAGAGGAUAGUUUGUAAAGGGUCAUAAAAAAGUAAUUCUAUUUAUUUUUUUAUUAUUUUCUGUUUCUUUUUUUUUUCGACUAACAUAUCUCGUUACCGUCGCUUAAUUGACCCGAUGCCGGCGCUCAUCAACGUUUUCUUUUUGUUUUUUCUUCACAUGGGCCGAUUUGCGGAGUAGAAGGAAUGUGUUUAACUUAGAAAAAGCGUUCUGUGUGUAUAUAUAUAUAUGCGAGACAAUUAUAAGUUAUUUAAACGACGAGAUUCGCCGAUAUAAAUCUAUAAUUUAAUUUGUUAAAUUUGAUUCGCGUCUUCUUCGCGUUCUUUCUUUUUAUUUUUUUCUUCUUUUCUCUUUCUUCUUCUCCUUCCCUUCUUCUCUUUUUAUCUAUUUUUCUUUUUUUUUUUUUUUUCUUUCUUCCUUUUGGCUGUUAUUCCGUUCGUUUUCUCUGCGAAUCAGAGCACACGACCCACCGAGCGCAGCUGGUCUGCGAUUUGAAAAAAAGUUAGUAAUUAAAAAUAAAAAGGAAAUUGAAAGAUUAUGCCCUGGUUGGCUGAACUUCGCUUUGACUCUCGGCACUGCCAUUUUCGUAACGUUGUUGUAUUUGUUUUUAUUAAAGCGGUUUUAUUUCAGAGUCUCAACGAGAAAGACUCGACGACAAAAGUGCCUUUAAAAUAAAUGUACACACCGCUCAAGAUGUAUAAUUUAUUUUUUUUCUUUUUUAUCGUUUACCACUGACCGUUCUCCAACAAAAGAAUAAGAAAAACGAGACAAAAAAAAUAUUUUACAAGAAAAAAAAAAACAAACAAACAAACAAACAAACAAGAAGAACAAAAACAAAAAGAAUAAGAGAAAGAACUUUUUAAAGUUUAUCGAUCAAAUCGACACGUUGGAACAAUGUAUGUAUGCGUGUAUGCUUUAACGAUCGGCCCAUUCGUCGGGAACGUAACAUUGUAAAUUUUUUCUCGCCGAGACUCGGUCGAUAAAACAGAGUAUGAGAAGAAAAAAAAAACACACACACACACACAAAUUCGAAAUUUUCGAAUACGACGUUGUAUGUAUAACGAGUGUAUGUAAUAAUAUUAUCGUCGUGUCACUUCGUAGUCGAAUUAUCGUCGUUAUAACGACGAAUAGCACGCGUUCAUUCAAUGAUGGUACCCCGUGGCCAUAUAUUGCGUUGUUGUAUUGUAAUAUCGAGAAACAAGAUGGAGGGACAUAGCGAAAUUUGUAUCGAACGAUCUUGUAAAUAAUUUUGUAAAUAGAUAAUCGACAAUCAUGUUUUAACGCGCUUAUAAAUAUACGUGUAUAUGUAUUAUAUAAUAAAAUGCGAAAAGCGUGCGCCCGCGUCCGCGCCCAAGAUAUUUACGUACAACACAGCGUACGUAUGUGUAUGUGUAUGCACGUAGCGAAUGGGGAGGUAGGAGCGAUGGCGAAUUUGCCUUGUUUAUGUACCUCGCACUUCGUAUAUAUUGUAUUAUUUCUUUUUUUUUUUUUUUGUCCUCGAACGAGAGAGAAAAAGAUCAGAAAAAAAAAAACGAACAUUUUCUCGUCGCUUGAGAUGAAAGCGAAGAAAAAACACGUAUUAUUAUUAUUAUUUCUCCUUACUGAAGUGCCCGAUCUAUUACACUCAUGUAUUUAAUUAACGUUAUGUUUGUAUUAUUUAGCACGUUACUACGGAGUAUAAGUACGAUAAUGAUAAAAAUGAAUCAUGAUAACGAUAAAAUUAAGGACGAUUAUAACGAUAAUGAUACUUCUCUUCUUUCUUUCUUUCUUUCUUUCUUUUUCGUAAAGAAAACAACAUUACACGCAUUACAGACACGUACAGACUCUCUCACUGAAAGGAUCACAAUUUACAGCAUGAUUUGUAAGUAACGGUUCGUAUGGUAAUGAUUAAAAAGAGAUAAAUACAAGUA